GGAGCUGGGCUGCAUCAGCGAGAGUGUAAAUCCUAUCAAGGGGGAGAAAGUUGGGAAAAUGUGAUGGUCUGGCAGGGAUUGGAGAGCAGGCUGCAGAGGGGAGGAGCCAGGAGGCUGUCAGGAAACUUGCAGAGAUAAAAGGAGGCAUAAAGCUUAAAGUGCCCAGAGAAAUGAAGUGAAACUGGAUGCUGAGAAACUGAGUGAAACUUGGAUGCUGUUCGAAGUGCCUAGCGCUUGCCUUGCAGGAUAAAGCUGAGACCAUCUUCCCCUCCACCCAAGCUCCCCUCCACCAUGGCCUCAGGGAACAGCAAUGACCCUCCAGGGAGAAGGAAUAGCAACGGGUUUGGGAGAAGAAACAGCAAUGGGCAAAGACGGCUGUCGGGGAUCAACACAGAGGACCAGGUGGCUCAGCAGACAGAGGAGGUGUUUCGGAGCUAUGCUUUCUAUCGCUACCAGCAGGAGAGGGAGGAGAGCACAGAGGAGAUGCCCAUGGAUCCCGAGAUUGCUGAGAUCCAGCAGGAGCCAGGCAGUACCAGUAGCUUGGUGGGCCGGCGCCUGGCCAUCAUUGGCGACGACAUCAACGCGCGGUAUGAUGCCGAGUUCCGCAACAUGCUCAAGUCCUUGCAGCCCACAAAGGACAACGCCUACGAGUACUUCACAAGGAUCGCCUCCAGCUUAUUCGACAGCGGCAUUAACUGGGGCAGGGUGAUUGCACUGCUGGGGUUCGGCUACCGGAUGGCGAUCCAUGUCUACCAGCACGGGAUGACCGGCUUCCUCCGAAGCAUUGCUCGCUAUGUGGCAGACUUUGUGCUCUGCAACCGCAUCGCCCGGUGGAUCGCACAGCAGGGAGGAUGGGUGGCAGCAUUGGACCUAGACAACGUUUACCUGAAGUACAUGAUGGUCGUGCUGAUUGUGGUCCUGCUGGGACAGUUCGUGGUACGUCGCUUCUUUGGACAUUGACCGUCGUGGAGGCGGAGGCCGAGGGUCUGGCUGAACUCCCUCAACACUCCGCUCUGUAACGACAUCUCCCAAGAGAGGGGCUUGGGGAACCACAAAGGGAGAUCUGCUUGGACCUACGACCCCUCUUCAACAAAGCACCAGGUUUUCUACCAUCCGUGGAGAGACUGUCCCAAAAACUACUCAGAGGCAUUGCAGGGGGACAGAAGAGGGGGCAGGGCAUUCGUUAUCUUAUCCAGCUGUUGAGUCCUGGAGCAAGGGCCUUCCCAGUGGGCAGCAACAAGGGAGGGGUUCCAGGCUCCUCAAGUACAAGGA